AUGUUUCUGUACGUGGCCCACUAUGCAACGCACUACAGCACCGCCCCCGAGCGGCUGGAGGUUCCAGAGCACUACAUGAGAGGGUACGAGUUCAUCAGGCACGCGAACCGCACCCGCUACGCAGGCAUGGUGGCCGCUUUGGACUAUUCUGUGGGCCAGAUCGUAUCCGCCCUGGACGAAGCUGGCAUCCUGAACAACACGUUCCUCGUGUUCACCUCGGACAACGGCGCCCCCACCACAUUCUGGGAAACGCACGGCGCCUCUUCGUGGCCGCUACGGGGAGAGAAGGACACGUUGUUCGAGGGUGGCGUCCGAGUGCCGGGUAAUCGUGUGGGCCCCAGCGCCGCUGUGGCACGGCGUGGGAACCGAGUACGACAGGUUCUUCCACGCAACUGACUGGUUGCCUACGCUCUACGAGGUGGCCGGUGGAAACGCAACCAACCUGACAGGCAUUGACGGUGUCAGCCAUUUUCGGUCACUCAAACAUGCCAGCGUUCCAACACCAAGAAGCGAAGUUCUUCUCAACAUCG